ACAACAACUUCGCUGCCAUCUCCAGAUAGUAUAAAUAAGCUCAAGAGCCUUGGCCGUCAUUUCUCUUCUCUCUCUCGAUCUCUCCCACGGCGGCGACUCGGUCCCGUUCACGUCAAAUUCUCCGGCGCCGUCGUGUCUUUUGUGUCGCAUUUCACCAUGAUGUCUCUCAAUGGAAGCACCUUUCUGUAUAAUCCGGUGAUCGGAGUAUCGAGGAGCUAUGCGCAAAGGCGAGUUUCAGCUCCUUCGGUGGUGGUUUCAUCGGCUUCGAGCUCGAAUGCUGAUCGAAAAGCCACCGUUCUGAUGGAGACUAAUUUAAAGGCACCUGCUGCUCUGGUGAUCGAAUCGGAUUCCAAAACUAGCGUUGGUGGCGGUGUUGAGGAUGUCUACGGUGAGGAUAGUGCUACUGAAGAACAUAAUAUCACUCCGUGGACUGUCUCGGUUGCUAGCGGGUACUCAUUGAUGCGGGAUCCUCACCACAACAAAGGGCUUGCCUUUAGUGAGAAAGAGAGGGAUGCUCAUUAUCUCCGGGGACUUCUUCCUCCGGUGGUUGUCAGUCAAGAUCUCCAGGUCAAGAAAUUGAUGAACUGUAUACGUAAUUAUCAAGUGCCUCUGCAGAAAUACAUGGCUAUGAUGGAUUACCAGGAACACAAUGAGAGACUGUUUUAUAAACUUCUUAUCGAGAACGUGGAGGAGCUACUGCCUAUUGUCUAUACUCCAACUGUUGGAGAGGCAUGUCAGAAAUAUGGAAGCAUCUUAGGGCGUCCUCAGGGUCUCUUUAUCAGUUUAAAGGAAAAAGGCAAAAUUCUGGAAGUGCUGAAGAAUUGGCCUGAGAAGAAAAUUCAAGUCAUUGUUGUCACUGAUGGGGAGCGAAUAUUAGGACUUGGGGACCUUGGUUGCCAGGGUAUGGGGAUACCUGUAGGAAAACUAUCUCUGUAUACAGCGCUUGGCGGAAUUCGUCCUUCUGCUUGCUUACCUGUAACCAUUGAUGUGGGGACAAACAAUGAGGAUUUGUUAAAUGAUGAGUUCUACAUCGGACUUAGGCAGAGGAGGGCAACUGGCCAGGAAUAUGCAGAACUCUUACAUGAGUUUAUGUCUGCGGUCAAGCAAAACUAUGGAGAGAAAGUCCUUAUACAGUUUGAAGACUUUGCGAAUCACAAUGCCUUUGAUCUUUUGGCAAAGUAUGGAGCUACACAUCUUGUUUUUAAUGAUGAUAUACAGGGAACAGCAUCUGUGGUACUUGCAGGAAUUAUGGCAGCACUAAAACUAGUUGGUGGAACCUUAGCUGACCAAAAGUUUCUGUUCCUUGGAGCAGGCGAGGCUGGGACUGGUAUCGCGGAGCUCAUAGCACUUGAAAUAUCAAAGCAGACAAAUACCCCGUUGGAAGAGACCCGGAAGAAGAUUUUCCUUGUGGACUCAAAGGGUUUGAUUGUCAAAUCUCGCUUGGAAUCACUCCAACAUUUCAAGAAACCAUGGGCCCAUGAACAUGAACCUAUCAGAGAACUUGUGGAUGCUGUGAAGGCAAUCAAGCCGACAGUGUUGAUCGGAUCAUCAGGAGUGGGAAGAACAUUCACUAAAGACGUGGUGGAGACUAUGGCAUCUUUAAAUGAGAAACCUAUUAUCUUUGCUCUUUCCAACCCUACUUCACAAUCAGAAUGUACGGCUAAAGAAGCCUACACAUGGAGCAAGGGCCGUGCUAUAUAUGCAAGUGGAAGUCCAUUCGACCCUAUUGAGUAUAAUGGAAAGAUUUAUGCAUCUGGACAGGCAAACAACGCAUAUAUAUUUCCUGGAUUUGGCUUGGGUUUAAUCAUAUCGGGUGCCAUCCGUGUUCAUGAUGACAUGCUUCUGGCAGCCUCUGAAGCUCUAGCAGCAGAGGUUACACAAGAAAACUUUGACAAGGGGCUCAUAUUCCCUCCAUUUACCAAUAUCAGAAAAAUUUCUGCGAACAUUGCUGCCAAGGUGGCAGCCAAAGCAUAUGAGCUUGGUUUGGCUACUCGACUUCCACAACCACAUGAUCUUGUAGCGUAUGCAGAGAGCUGUAUGUACAGCCCUAGUUAUCGAAGUUAUCGGUGAUUGCAGAAGAAUCUCCACUGUGGCGUUGGAGAACAUGAUGUUGUUUUCGUAUUAUAGUCUCCAUUGUAUCCGUUAUUCAAGUUUUUAUAUAAGUUAUAUUAAGGUCAGGAACUAUCUAGCUGGGGGGUGUACCUACCCCUAACUAACAGUUCAGAACUUUAGCUUUUAAGAAUUUUCAAGGAUUAGUAAAUCCCUUUUAUAUGAAAAGUAGAUGGAAAAACGUGUGAGAAAAAAAUGUAUUUGCAUGCUGGUGAGCAUGCAUAGUGUAUUGAUUUUGUGUAUAGUAGUAGAAUAUGUAUAAUCUGGAUUUGAGAUUAUUAUGAAAGUUUCAGGAGUCGAGAUAAUCGAGUUUUGCUG